UCGAUCGUGGAUGUGUUCUCUUAAUCGCCUGUGAGUCUAUCGUUCUAAUUAGCAAACUCAAUUGCCGCGUUAAUAAUUUAGAAGAGAAAAAAAACACCUCGAAAAAAAAUAAAUCAACACUGGUGCGCAGAAAAAGUGAAAGUUUGAGCGAGGUUUCGUAUUUGGGGACGAUAAUCAAACAGGUUAUUCAACGACUUAAGUCUAAAGUGUCGCAAAAGUGAAAAAUAUCUCAUACAGUACAAAUUAAACUAAGUGAUUAUAAGCAUUUAUUCCACGCAAACAAAAGAGAAACAUAUCUAUUCGAUAGAUUUGCAAAUCUGUGUUGCCUUACAUAACAUUAAUCAGUAGUUCAAUGAUGAAAUUCGUUGCCUCCGAAAUUGCCAGCAUGAUGGAGCUGCAGGCCAGAAGUGAGCCAAGUAUUAGUAGUAGUUACAGUAAUCGUGCCAACAAGCGCACGAUUUCUUCUUCCUCUUCCUCCUCCUCGUCGUCGGCAGGCUUCGACUCCUACUGUGUUUCGUUGGCUGUAGGACCGCUGUGGUGGUCCGAUGUCCCAACAAUCCGCACAGACCACGAUAGGGCGUCUCCCUUAAAAGAAUACAAUCGCAAGACAUCAAUAGAUUCGACAACCACCGCUUCGUCUGAGUAUACCGAUCUUGAUUACACCGAGUCGACGGUGGAGUUCAUGAACCAACAUGAAGCCGCCGUCAUCCAGGAAGUGCUGACCCAACCCACGCCAACGCAAAUCUCGCUGAAACUGUACGUCACACCGCAAAAGUACAGCGUCUGGGAAACGGUAUUUAGUCCAUUGGAUAACAUCCUGUACGUGAACCUGCCGUCGACCAUGACGCACGAGGCAUCGAAGCACUCGUUUAUCUCGCUGCUGGAGUUUGCCGAGGAGAAACUCGAGUGCGAUGGCGUUGUCCUGUGCAUUCGAAAGGACCGCCUCGAUCGCCCGAAUUUAGUGCGUACCUUCUCGUUUGUCGGUUUCCAACCAAUCAGCCCAAAAACACCGCUGGCCCCGCCGCACAUUGAAGAGCAACAGAAGAACGAAUAUCUCUUCAUGAUCUACAGCAUCGAGGAGUAAACCAGCAUAGCGCGUCAGCACAGCUCAGACCAAGCCAGGUGGGUGCGUUUUGAUCAAAAUUAAAUCUUCCCGAUAGCCGCCCUUCGAACAAUAUUCUCCAUCCCAUUCAACGAGGGACUAUUCAUAACAUCGAACCGUACGAAGUAAGAACCUAUUGAGCUGCUGAGCUUCGAUUGGUGGCAGGUCGUCGCAUACCAAAUCAGUGCGCUUGGUGGGUCCGUUUUGAUCAAAACGCAUUGCAACCGGAAUGCAUGAACAACAUUGCAGUUAAAAACAAAAACAAAAGCAAAAGCAAAACAUACAUCCGUAAAGUUAAAGAAACAGAAAACAUCUCUCUUUGCGAAAGAUUACAAUACCAGCAUAAAAGUGAACUAACAAUAUAAGCUAAUCUAUAAGUGCAUACAUAAUCCCAAUAUUUCCGAGGUCGAACUCUUGCGAUUUGUAUUUGUUUUAAGUGACAUGCUUCUAUCAUUAAAUAAAAAUGAGAAAAAUACAAAAAAAAACUUAAAAAUUUACAAAAAACAAACAAAAAAAAAAACAAAAAAGUAGAAAAUCUUUUGAUAAAAAAUUUAAAGUUUUUUACAUAAAAGACCCAAAAAAAUGUACAAAAAUAUUAAACAAGUAUCAAUAGGAUCAAUGCAUCAAGAAAUCAUAAAUACCUUAUCGAAAGCAACAAACAUUAUUACAAAUUCAUUGAAUAGACUUUAGUUAAGCUGUAAACAAACAAAAUGAAGAUCAAAUAAAGGGAUGAAAUCGAAGCUUUCUCAUCAACUGAAUAAUUCCUUCGCUAACGAGUGAGUUUUUGCUAUUACGGUUUCUGAGAACAUUUAGUAUGCAUCCAACGAAAACAACAGCAACAACAAAAAUCGGAGAGUGCUAAGAACUAAGACUUGAAUUCUACGAAGGAAAAUUUCAUGCGAAAUGGAAAGUUUUACAAAUCACACCCAAACGAAAUAGAGCCGUCAAAACAGCAUAUUGUACUACACACAAUCUACUACUUGUACUUAUUUUUUUUAUGUUUUUACGUAGACACUAAUUUCAACGAAAAAAAGGGCAGCAGCAGAAGGAAUGGAAUAAUUAUUAUGAAGAAAUAUCUGCGCCCGAUGGUAUUGUAAUUGGACGCAGUUGUUUAGUUCUACUAAACAACUGUCCUGCCGACUGGUCGUCGGAAAAGCUGAGAGGUUUUCGUUUUGAGAAUUCGAACAAAACAUUGGAUUACUCUCCCCAUCAUUAUGAACAUUAGAAAAGAAUUGAAAAACACUCAUUUUUUAUUUAACAUUUUUAACUUUUUAUGGGAAUAAAUGUUUUAGUAAAAGGACAGAUAUAAUUUUCUGCGAUACAAUUUUUCGCUUUUUUAAUUUUAUAUUUUUUUAAAUAUAUACUUUGUUACUACUAUUAGUAGGAAGUAAAACACAUAAACCUACAAUUAUAUUAUUUUAUUGCGCAUAGAUACCUCUUUGGAUUUCGCUAAGGCCAAGGCACAGCGCAAGGUGCCGAGGUUUCAGCAAAAGCCAGGGAAAUAUUGACUAAUAACGUAGUAUAAUAACAAUGAAUGUGCAUACUUUUUCGUAUUUUAUUAUUACCUUUUAUCAGUGUUUAUCAAAAUUGCUAGUAUGAAUUGAAAGUGAAUAAAAAAAACUUCUAUUUUUAAGUUUCUUAAACGGGA